CUCAGAGACAGGAAGUGAAUAAAAAUAUCUCUGACUGUGAACACGAGAUAUUUCUGCAGCCUGGACUUCAACAGCACGGUUCAGGAUGAGUAAGAGCAGAGGAGGAGUGAUGGUGUCGGGGGGGAAGAGACGGAGGGUUUCUGACGAGAGAGACUCCAGCAACACGGGGGACAUUGGUCUGAUCGAGAGCAUCGCUCUGAAGAACUUCAUGUGUCACCGUCUGCUCGGACCCUUCCAGUUCGGACCCAACGUCAACUUCAUCGUGGGAAACAACGGCAGUGGGAAGAGUGCGAUUCUGACGGCUCUGAUCGUCGGUCUCGGAGGAAAAGCAACGGACACGAACAGAGGGACGUCUGUGAAGGACUUUGUGAAGACCGGCGAGACUUCUGCAGAAAUCACCGUGACGCUAAGAAACAGAGGACUGGACGCUUUUAAAAGAGACGUCUACGGAGACAGCAUCUCCAUCGAGAGACGCAUCUUCAGCGAUGGCAGCCGGACCUGCAAGCUGAAGAGCAAAACGGGACAGCUUAUCUCGAACAAGAAGGAGGAGCUGACCUCCAUUCUGGACCACUUUAACAUCCAGCUGGAUAACCCCGUGUCCAUCCUGAACCAGGAGAUGAGUAAACAGUUCCUGCAUUCAAAGAGUGAAUCAGACAAAUACCAGUUCUUCAUGAAGGCGACGCUCCUGUAUCAGAUGAAGAGGGAUUUUGUUCACAUCAAACAAACCAAAACCCUCACCAGACAGCAGGUGGAGAGACAGGAGGAGGCUCUGAAGGACCUGAAGCUGGACUUCCUGCAGAAGAAGGAGCGCUUCGAGGCGCUGUACUCCUUCAGCGACAUGAAGGAGCUGCUGCCGAGCCUCCAGAGGAACAUGGCCUGGAGUCUGGUGCGAGAUAAGGAGCAGUUUGUGCAGCGGUUAAAGGAGGACGUGGAGAAAGAGGAGAGUAAUCAGAAACAUCAGGAGAACCUCAAGCUCUGCCAGACUAAGCUCACAGCAGCAGAGCAGAAGCUGCGGGGCGUUAGAAGCAGAAUUGAAAGUGUGACGCAGGAACAGGAAGCUCUUUCUGAAGGUCAUCUGAGGUUAAAGGAGCAGCUGAAGGUCGUCGGCAAAGAGCACAAUGAACAGGAGAUCGUUUAUUUUAGGGCUCUGAACAAAUUCAAAGAGUCGGAGCGAGAGCAGAACUAUCUUCAGGAGAAAAUAAACAAGGCGAGAACAAGUCUCAGUGAGAGUAAAGAUGGAGAGACGGAGUAUUCGAAGCAGCAGAAGAGGAUCGUGAGUUUGAGGAAGCAUCUGGAGGAACUCGAGGAAACGCAUUCGCAGCUGAACGAGGAAAUAAAGAACGAGCAUCAGGUGCUGUUCACAGGAAGAGAGGAGCGCGACAAACUCAGACUGGAGGAGAGGAACAUCCAGGUUCUGUUGGAGUCCAAAGUGAGGAGGAGGAACCAGGUUCUGGCCAGCCGGUCCAACAAACUGAAGCGUUUCGGAGACCAAGUUCCAGACCUGAUGAUUUCCAUUGAUGAGGCGAACGCUGCCGGACGCUUCAAGAAAAAACCCAUCGGACCCCUGGGGGCGUUCAUCAGCCUGAAGGACCCCCUGCUGGCAGCAGCUGUGGAGGCGUGUCUGCGCAGCUUCAUGAAGGCGUUCUGCUGCGAUAACCACCGCGACGAGGCGCUGCUGCAGGAGAUCAUGAGGCGGCAUUAUACGAAAGGAAACCGACCGCAGAUCAACGUCAGCCAGUUCUCCGAGAAACUCUACAACCUGCACGGGAGGAAGGCUCUUCAUACAGACUUUCCCUCGCUGCUCGACGUCAUCACCGUCACGAGUCCGGUCGUCUUCAACUGUCUGAUCGACAUGAGAGGCGUCGAGUCCAUCCUCAUCAUCAAGGAGAAAGAGGUGGCUCGGCAGGUAAUGCAGCAGAGUCGUCCUCCGAAGAACUGCCGAGAGGCGUUUACUGCCGAGGGAGAUCAGGUGUUUCCUAACAGAUACUACACCUCCGACUGCAACAGGGCCAAAUACCUGGGAGGAGAUCUGGAGACAGAGAUCAGUGUUCUGGACUGUGACCUGGAGAACCUCCAGGCCCAGCUGAGCCACUUGCAGCUGCAGGUCUGCUGCGUCAGCGCCGACAUCCAGAAGAUGGAGAACGGACUGAACAGAACCGUCCUGAACCUGAAGAGGAACCUGGCUUCUGUGAAUCAGGUGAAAGCAUCGAUAUCAGAGCUGGAGGCGGCGGGGGAGGAGCACAUCGAGGACAUCUGCUCUUUGGAGGAGGUUGCUGAGGAGAGUCGGCAGAAGAUGGAGGCCGAGCGGCAGGCGAUGAUCGAGGAGAAAGAAGAGCUGGAAAAACAUGGAGAAAACGUAGAAAACAAGGAAUCGAGAGACUCGUCGGUCAGAGAGAGAAUCGAUCGACUCUGUGAGGAAGUCGAGACGAUGAAGGAGGAGCAGUUGAAGCUGGAGGCUGAGUGCAGCAAACAUGAACAAAGCCUCCAGGUUUUAGAGAAGGAACUGAAGAGUCAUGUAGAAGCUAUCCGACAGAUGAAGAGUGACCUCGCUCAGGCAGAGGAAGCGUUGCAGGAGUGUGUGAGUAAAGCGUCAGAGAUCAGUCCUCAGCGACAGGUCGUGUCCGCCAGCUCGACGAGUUUGGACACCGAAAUAACUCGAAUGCAGAGGAAGAUCAAAGUUUACGAGAGCAUUCACGGAGAGCAGCAGCAGGUGGUGAGGGAGUACGCUGACGCGCUUUCUCUGUUCAGACAGAAGAGCAAACAGGUGAGAGACCUGCGGAGAUUCAUCGACCGCCUUCAACACAUCAUAUCGGACAGACAGAGCAGAUACAAGGUCCUGAGGAGGUCUCUAUCGUUCAGGUGUAAAUUAUAUUUUAAUAACUUCAUGAUAAAGAUGAACUGCUGCGGCUCCAUGAUCUUCGACCACAACAACGAGACGCUCUCCAUCUCCGUGAUGCCCCCGGGCAGGGAGGAUGAGGGGGUGGUGAGUGACAUGCGCUCUCUGAGUGGAGGCGAGCGCUCGUUCUCCACCGUCUGCUUCAUGCUCUCUCUGUGGGAGAUCACAGAGUCUCCAUUCAGGUGCCUCGACGAGUUCGACGUCUACAUGGAUAUGCACAACCGGCGGAUCUCUCUGGAUCUCCUGCUGGAGCUUUCUGAGCGACAGACCCUUCGUCAGUUCAUCUUCGUCACUCCUCUCACCACCAGCAAUCUUCCAAAAUCCAGACUGAUAAAGAUCCACAAGCUGCAGGAUCCAGAGAGAAUCUGCAGCGAGGCUCAGGAGGAAGAAGAGGACGUUUAAAAAUAAUAAAGAGAGACCUUGUUACGAACCUCGAUGGAUAUGUCAGUGUUAUUAUUCAGUAUUCUCAUGUUUGUUUGCUGGGAUUCAUUUAUGGAUGUGUUUGAAAACCUAAUGACGGUUUAAUGUUUCAGGACUCGCAGGUAUGUUAACUCUUAUUGUUGUGUUAAUGUGUAGCUGCCUUUAGCCACACCAUUAUUCUUUAUAUGUAUCAUCUGUUAUCAACAUGUUGUGCAUCUCAAUAACUUAUUCAUAGUUACAAGAGGAAGCGAGGAGGAUUUUAUUUAUCUCAUUGACACCGUCUGCAAAUAAAUUACAUUCCUGUAGGCCUACAACUAAACCAAUUUUCAAUUACUUUUCUAAAAGGGAAACAGAUGUUCUCCCAUGUUAUGGUCGCACUAGGUAUUAUGAAUAUUAAGGGGACAUUUUGUGAUUUAUUUGUUGUUUAAUGUUCAUUUAUAACCAUUGAAAAUGAGCCGAUUAGCUUACACUGGCACAUACACCGUAAUGAUCCUUGUGCAUUGUGCCUAAAUAUAAAAAUAUAAUUGCAAUAUUUAUUUCAGCAUUGACAUAAAAACUGAGUUAUAGCAUCAAUUACAUGUUAGAAGUUAUACCAGGGUUGCCAACUCUCACGCAUCUGGCUUGUGACACACGCUUUCACUCUCAAUCUCACGCUCUCACGCUGCC